UCUCAAACCAUGAACUACGUGGGGCACCUGGCUGAGAGCGUCCUUGUCACAGUGAAGAGUCUGUACCAUGACCUGAACCCUGCCACCCUGACGGGCUGCAUUGAUGUGAUUGUGGUGAGGCAGCCCGACAACUCCUUCAAGUGCUCCCCGUUUCACGUGCGCUUCGGGAAGCUGGGGGUGCUGCGCUCCAGGGAGAAGGUGGUUGACAUUGAAAUCAAUGGAGAGCCUGUGGACCUGCACAUGAAGCUGGGAGACAAUGGAGAGGCCUUCUUUGUCGAGGAGUUAGAGGAGCAUGAGAGCAACAUCCCCUUCUUCCUCUGCACGUCCCCCAUCUGCAAGGAGAGGUGCGUGACAGGCGCUGCUCAGCCCUCCCAGGGGCUGGGGGUCUCCAGCACUGGAGUGAUCCUGCGAAGGAGGAGGCGGCGCAGGAGAAGGCCCAGGAAGAGGGAGGUGUUGGACACAGAUUCUGACAGUGAUGAGGCCAAAAAAGAGCUGCUAGUCCCAAGUGAUGCAACAUGUUCAUCCUUUUGUGAUGUCCUUGAAGUAACUGGGUCAUUGCAGCCCCCAAAGACGCGCCCGUUCUCCGAUGGGGAGCUGCUCCAAGCAGACAGCUUCAAGCUGAGCCAUCAGCCUCCUCACAAAAGUGAUUCUGAGCUGGAAAUCAAAUCACAGGAAAGCUUUUCUCUAGGGGCUGAAUCCCACAUGAAGUGGAUCUGGGGAAAGCUCCCUCAGGUGAAUAAAUUGGUGCAAGUUAAACCAGCCAAGUCCACAAAGAUCACUGCCGUGGAUGGGACAACCCCUCUUGUUGCCACCUCUGAACAUCCAGGAGGGGUUUCAAGCCCAGCAGAACCUCAAGACAUGCCCCAUUCCUUGCCUGUGUCUGCAACUGAGCCAACACUUACACCCCAGGCUGAAAACAGUGUCUGCAGGCUGAGGGAUGUCCUUCGUGCUAUCAGGGCAAAGACAUUUUUGGGGGCCUCCUCAGUCCCACAAGAGCAGGAGAAGGAAGAUGUGAAUGCUGUGCCAGAUGUGGAGCACUUUGAGGGAGCCACUGCUCCAAGGCAGGCAGGCUCACAAGGCCCUGCAUCCCAGCUGGAGAGCCAGAGGAGGCAAGGAUCCAUCAAAAGAGCUUCUCACAAGGGCCCCAGAGCCAUUUACCUGGAAGACUUCUCUGAUCCCAACCACAAGCCAGUGGCUCUCUAUUUGGCUGAGAGUGACACAGAGCAGAGUUUGAGUCCUGGGACAGACCCCAGGACCCCUGUGAGUAUCGAGCUGCCAUCCACCUCGACUGCCAGCGGCCCCAUGGACUCUGACUCCAUGCCCACAGUUGUCUUGUCACUGUGUGGGGGCCUCAGGGACAACAUGCAGAUCUCUCAUGAGAAGUUCAUGGAACACAGGAUCUCCUACCAGCAGUUUGCUGAGAAUCCAAGGCUCGUCAGUGACCCAAACCUGGUGAUAAUGAUCAACAAGAAGUAUUACAGCUGGGCAGUGGCUGGUCCCAUAGUCCUGGCCCUGCAGGCUUUCCAGAAGAACAUUCCUGAGAGUAUCAUUGAUGAAUUGGUGAAGGAGACGACGCCCAAGAAAGACAGGAGAUAUUGGUUCUGGAGGAGGAGAGAAAGCUCAAGAGAGGAGCAGCAGCAGCUGAGACCAGGGAUAGCCAGCCUGGGAACACUGUGGCGUGACCUUGUUCAGCAGAGGCAGGAGGGAAAAGAGUCACUCAGUGAGAAUGAGCCCCAGCACCUUGGGGACGUGUUUGCAGAGAAAGCUCCCGCUCAGAAACCUCUGCCAAACUUCAGGAAAUCCCUGCGGCUCUCCUCAGAACAAAUUGGAAGGUUGAAUCUGCAGGAUGGCCCCAACGAGGUGGCAUUCAGCGUGACAACUCAGUACCAGGGUACGUGCCGCUGUGAGGCCACCAUCUACCUGUGGAACUGGAAUGAAAAGGUGGUGAUCUCAGACAUUGAUGGCACCAUCACCAGAUCGGAUACUCUUGGACACAUCUUGCCACAGCUGGGUAAAGAUUGGACUCACCCUGGGAUUGUUAAACUCUUCAACAAAAUCCACCUGAAUGGCUACAAGUUCCUCUACUGCUCAGCCAGGGCUAUUGGCUUGGCCCACAUCACCAAAGGCUACCUCAAAUGGGUCAAUGAGCAGGGCUGUGGCCUCCCCAUGGGCCCCAUGCUGCUUUCCCCCAGCAGCCUCUUCUCUGCCUUCCACAGGGAGGUGAUUGAGAAGAGCCCAGAGGUGUUCAAGAUCCCCUGCUUGACAGACAUCCGAAAACUGUUUGCUACAAAGUUCCCCUUCUAUGCAGGCUUUGGGAACAGGCCCCAUGAUGUCCACACUUACAAGCAAGUGGGGCUGCCAGAGAGCCGCAUAUUCACAGUAAACCCCAAAGGAGAGCUGAUCCAGGAGCUCACAAAAAACCAAAAGUCAACGUAUGAGCAGCUGUCAGAGCUGGUGGAGGUGUUCUUCCCUCCUGUGGGACGGAGGACCAGUGCUGCUCUGGUGUCCCCAGAGUACAGCCACUGGAGAUCUUCACUGCCUGAUGAUGACUGGGAUAGCUCCUCCUAA